AUGCUACCUGCGAAGUCCCCGAGUUCUCCAGACCAAGGUCUGGACGCAGGUCGACGACUAGAGGAUAAAAGACGGAUUCUACGGUCGCGGACGACCGAGCGUGUCCCAUGGGCCAUUAGUAUUCUAGCGAGCGUGCGAGGCUGGUUGUACGGUGCUAGUACUGGCGAGGCUACGUGCACGCGCCGAGCUUUGUUCGCGCGUCCUCUUAAGGACACGCGCAGCAGUGGGCCGGGAACAUUGCGGAACACGGGCGUCGUUCGGUUCAUCGCGAACGGGGCAGGCAGCACACGUAAUAGGCACGCCGAGCGUAUACCGGAUGGGUCGCAACGUGUUCCAAGUAUUACAAGAGCGAUCUCCUGCGUGUCGGGACUGUCGAUGGGCAAGAGACCGCGCGGGACACUCGCCCUCGUCACCCCGCUCGUUGCCCGAACGGCCCAUCGGUUCGCGUGUGCCACCUCCGCAGGAACGUCGUCGGUCCCAGGGUGUGGCGCCGGAACCCGGAGAACGACCUUAGGCGUGACCUCGCCUGGACGACCGACGAAAGCUCACCGUCACUUGCACUCACCGUUUCAGUAGCCGCCUGAGUA